AUGCCUCCAAAAUACCUCCACUUUUUGAGAAGCCCUCUCAUUUCCCGUGAUUACCCUCGAGUGAAAGGGAUUCUAAUACGAGUUGCUGAAUUGGUCGAUGCUGUAGUAGGUAAAGGAAUCGUUUUCUUGUAUGUGGAUUUGGCUUUUGCUACAUUGACUGCAGAGUCUACCAAUGGAAUGUGCACUCUAGAAUUACAUCAUGGGGGCUGGUUUGAAAAUGGGGUUUAUAAGAAGGGUAAGGUCUGUUAUUUGGACAAUAUUAUAGAGGAUUUUCUGUCCUUGUUAGAUUUACUGAAAAUUGGGAGAGGUCUUGGUUAUGAUGUUGACAUUUCUCAAGUUGAGCAACGUUUGGAAAUUAGGUGUAAAAAUGCUGAGGGUGGACUAGAGCUUGUUACAUCAGAUGCUACAAUGGUUGAAAUGGUUGGUCACAUACCAUCCAAUAAGGUUAUUGUGUUAUACUAUAGUGAGGUUGAAGACUAUGAGUAUGAUGCAGACGCAGAGAAUUGUGAUGGGGUUUUGACUCAGAAUUACCAAGUGAAAGAGGUGGAUUAUAUUGAAGUUAGAGAUGAUGAGACUUUUGAGAAUGUUGGGACAAAAGUGGCAAAUGAAGAUGCGGUCAAAGAGGUACCAAAUGAAGAUGCAGGGGCAGAAUUACCAAAUGAAGAUACAGGGGCACACGUGACAAUUGAUAAUGAAGGGGCAGAAUUGCCAAAUGAAGAUGAAGAUGCAGAUUCAGAAAUUAAAGACAGUGAUUAUGAGUUCAGUGAAAAUGAGGCAGAGGACAGGCCAAUUGUUGGAGAAAAUGUAGCAGAUGAGGGGACUAGUCAUGGUGCUCCAGGAGAGGUGUCAUCAGAUGGUGCUGACACAUCAUAA